AUGGAUCGAGUGCAGGCAUUCGGUAAAAACUUCAGCGCUAGCUUCACGCCUUUUGCGCAGCGCACCCAGCAGAUGAUCAAGGAGCAGCUCGGUCAGGCCGAAGAUAAGACCCAGCUCCCCGAUGAGUACAUCGAGCUCGAGAAGCGCGUCGAUGCGCUGAAGCUUGUCCACCAGAAGCUGCUGUCGGUGACCUCCCAAUACUCCAACGAGGCCUACGACUAUCCUCCCAACAUCCGCGAGUCUUUCAAUGACCUGAGCCGCACGAUCAACGAGAAGGUCACGCUCCUCUCGCAGGCCGGCUCGCCCGCUGAAGCCCAGGCUGCUCUGACCGCGCCGCCCACCGCUAAGCCUCAGCCCAAGACUUUCAACCAUGCGAUCGCCCGCGCCUCGCUUGCCGGCUCCCAAACCCUGGUUCAGAGCACCGAGGGCGAGGACCCGCUCGCCUCCGCGCUGGAGAAGUACGCCCUCGCCGAGGAGAAGGUUGGCGAGGCCCGUCUGGCCCAGGAUGCCCAGAUCCAGUCGCGAUUCCUGGCUGGCUGGAACACCACCCUCAACACCAACUUGAUGUUCGCCGCCAAGGCCCGCAAGAACGUUGAGAACGCCCGUCUCACGCUGGACUCGGUCAAGGCUGCCAAGAAGGCUGCUGCCAGGGGCGAUUUGGACAACCUCAGCGAGGAUGCCCGUGCCGAGAUCGAGCAGGCGGAGGAUGAGUUCGUGGGCCAGACUGAGGAGGCCGUGAGCGUGAUGAAGAACGUCCUUGAUACCCCCGAGCCCCUGCGCAAUUUGGCCGAUCUGAUUGCCGCCCAGCUGGAGUUCCACAAGAAGGCCUACGAGAUCCUCAGCGAGCUCGCCCCAACUGUGGAUGCUCUGCAAGUCGAGCAGGAGGCUAGCUACCGCAAGAGCCGUGAAGGCGCGUAA